AUGUCCUUUAAAUCAGAGGCGACGGGCACUCUUCGCCUCAGCUGUUUCCCUCCCAGGAUUGUGCCGGCCCCUGAGCACCGGCCGCCCGGCACCGCCGCCCUUCGGCCAUCGGGGGGCAGUAGGCGUCGAGAAGGGACGCGCACGCUCCACGUGGGGCUCCGCGCUUCGCCUCCGCGACCGCCGAGUGACGCGAGCAAGGGCAUGCGAUCAUGGGAAAUGUGGUUUCCGAACCUCAGGACCACGGCGGUGCGCCCCCCGCCCGGCCCGGCAGAUCAAUUGGCCUUAUUUCCUCAGUGGAAAUCUCAUCACUACGAUGUGGUAGUUGGUGUGUUGUCAGCUCGCAAUAACCAUGAACUUCGAAAUGUGAUAAGAAGCACCUGGCUGAAGCAUUUAAUACAACAUCCGUCAUUAAGUCAACGUGUGCUUGUGAAGUUCAUAAUAGGUGCUCAUGGUUGUGCCGUGCCAGUGGAAGACAGGGAGGAUCCUUACUCCUGCAGACUGCUCAACAUCACGAAUCCGGUUUUGAACCAGGAAAUUGAGGCAUUCAGUCUUCCUGAAGACACCUCAUCAGGAAUUUCUGAGGACCGAGUGGUCAGCGUGAGCUUCCGAGUUCUCUACCCAAUCGUUAUUACCAGUCUUGGGGUGUUUUAUGAUGCCAACGAUGUGGGUUUCCAGAGGAACAUCACAGUCAAGCUUUAUCAGGCAGAACAAGAGGAGGCCCUCUUCGUGGCUCGUUUCAGCCCUCCAAGCUGUGGUGUGCAGGUGAACAAGCUGUGGUACAAGCCUGUGGAGCAGUUCAUCCUGCCUGAGAGCUUUGAAGGUACCAUCGUGUGGGAGAGCCAAGACCUCCAAGGCCUUGUGUCAAGAAAUCUCCACAAAGUGACUGUAAAUGAUGGCGGGGGCGUUCUCCGAGUCAUUACGGCUGGGGAGGGUGCCUUGCCUCACGAAUUCAUGGAAGGCGUGGAGGGGGUUGCAGGUGGUUUUAUUUACAUCAUUCAGGAAGGUGAUGCACUCUUACAAAACCUUCAUUCUCGCCCUCGAAGACUUCUUGACCACAGAAGUAAUCUCCACAGGGAAGACGCCUUACUGAGGGAGGAGAGCAGCGUGUAUGAUGACAUUGUUUUUGUGGAUGUCGUUGACACUUACCGAAAUGUUCCUGCGAAAUUACUGAACUUCUACAGAUGGACUGUGGAAACAACCAGCUUUGACUUAUUGCUAAAGACAGAUGACGACUGUUACAUAGACUUGGAAGCUGUGUUUAAUAGGAUUGCCCACAAGAAUCUGGAUGGGCCUAAUUUUUGGUGGGGAAACUUGGUCCUUUGUAGUGAUCAUAAAGGGGUCCGGCCUAAUAGUGGUAGGACAGCCGUCACGCCGACACGAAGAAGCCAACUGUUUUUGACUCUCAGUUUCAGACUGAAUUGGGCCGUGGACCGGACCGGCAAGUGGCAGGAGCUGGAGUACCCCAGCCCCGCCUACCCAGCCUUUGCCUGCGGCUCGGGGUACGUCAUCUCCAGGGACAUCGUCCACUGGCUCGCUGGCAACGCGGGCAGACUCAAGACCUACCAGGGUGAAGACGUAAGCAUGGGCAUCUGGAUGGCAGCCAUAGGACCUAGUCGAUACCAGGACGGCCUGUGGCUGUGUGAGAAGACAUGUGAGCCGGGCAUGCUGUCCUCCCCGCAGUACUCGCCGCAGGAGCUGACGCAGCUGUGGCAGCUGAAGGAGCGGUGCGGGGAUCCUUGUCGGUGCGAGGCAGCCGCGGGAGGGUUUUAACCGGCAGCGCUGCGGGAGCGGGCGCAGGAGCAGCAGCGUGAGCGGCCACUGAGCAGAGUCCCCCGAGAGCCCACGGUGGGGCAGCAGACGCCUGGCGGCCCGGGAUAGUGCUCGGUUGGCACUUUUUACCUGUAACCAACGUGAUCUUUCUAAAUGUUUGCACAGAAUGUCCUUUUUAAAAAUCAGCUGAUCCUGUACAUAACAAAAAUUUUAUUUCUAUAUUGCAAGACUUUGAAAAACACCAAACUGUUUUAUAAAACAAAAAACAUUUCUAAAACCUGAUGUAUCAUUUCUACUUUAUAAUUCAUUACCUAUCACUUUUGGCUAAAAUUGGCCUCGUUCAGAAAUCUUAGUAGCCAAGAAUGUGAAUUCCAGCCUGGAUUAUGGAAUGGCCCUGUAAGGCAUAAUUAGGAAAAUUAAGGGCCAAAAACAACUCACAGAAUGCUGUGUGGUCACUUAUACCAAAGUUUGGGAAUGGAAAUGUCUGAAUGAAGUGGGCAACUGGAAAAGGAACCCAUAUAAUUCUCAGUUCUGGACCUUGGUUUUAAAGUUCACUUAUUUAUUAAGUGAGCUAAUUACAGUUUUCUUUUGCCAUUUAACAUAGAUCCUGAAGGUCACAGUCUAGUACUAUUAAAAAAAAGCUAAAAUUCUGUGGCUGUAAAUCGAAUACCUCUCAGGGUUUUAGUGACGUAGGGAAAGGAUACAGCUAAAUAGUGGGCACUUAGAAAGAAUGAAUUUUUUCUUUCCUCCUGUCAUUGUGUAAUGUUUACCUAACCUAACUGAAUUCUGAUCAGAGAUGGAAAUCUUCUGUAGAAGAAUAUAUGCCCAGCUUAGGUACAACUGUAGGGAAAAGCAUAUAAUGUAUUUUUGUAAGUACUCUUAAAAACAGUGUGACGGAGGGAAGAGAUCAUAGCAUACGUUAUACAUAGAAGAGGCGGCUCCCUAAGUUUAAGGGACAUUUCCCAAAAUGACUAUCCAAAUCAAACCUUUUAAAACUAGUAGUAUCCAUAGAGUUCCACUAAAACUGGUCCUAUGACCGACAUUAUGUUCAGAUCUCAUUAGACUAGCUAGGUUCUAUUUAAUAUUUAAAUCUCCACAUACUGAAAUGUAUAGUCAUGAACUAUAAAUAUGAAAUAAAAUCAGAAAAUCAUUAGUAGGUGCAAAGCCUUUAUUACUACUGUUAUAUACAAGCCUAGAAAUGGUCUCUUCCCAAUGAAAAAUACCACCUUUUCUAUACUUAGGGCAAGGUGUAAAACCUCUCUCUUUUUCUAACAGAACUGUUCCAAUAAAUCCUUUAUUUCCGGUACCCCCCCCCCCGCCCCGAGUCAGGAUAAACAGUGCAGUCCCCGAACUUUCUUAGUUCACUGUUACCAUCGCACCAAUAGACAAUCUCCACUUUCCACAGAAUAAAACUGUAAUGACUGCUGGUCAUUUUCUAGUUCAAUCUCUCUGCCAGGCAUCUACAAAUAGAACAGAGGGUUGGGGUGAUAAAGACAGAUCCGUCUUAAUACAUGUGCCCCCUCCCAAACAGAGGUGUAUGUUUCCCAUUUAGAAGCAACCCGUAUCACACUUGGGGGACAUAAGCCAACUCUGUGUUCUGCUGGGCUACUUACUUUGGGGCUUUCAUAGGACAGCAGAAGUUCCGACACAGGAACUUUGAGAAGACGGGCCAGCAGUCCCUUCACCUUCUGAAUUGUCAUGGAGUCUGUCAAGGAAAGAAACACCCUCAGUUCUCUCGAAUGACAGUUACGUGUAGAACUAGCUCACCUGCCAAGACCCCAGUCGCAACGAUUCACGGUACCCGGUUCCCCGCGGCAAUCAGUAGGGAGAGGCUCGCCCACCGCGUGGACCCGAGAGCCGGUUCCACACCGCUGACCUGACCUGUGGGAAGCUGUGGGGAACCGAGCAAGUGUCUGACCGAAGUGCCCUUUGACAGUGGCUUUUCAUACCAUUUCAGUGGUGGUGAAUAUUUCCUCCUGCAUCUGAAUAAACCAGAAAUCAUCUUCUCUGCAGAGAGGAGUAAAUGUGAGUUAAAAUCAUUCACUUUCUAAACCUCUGUGAUUACUCGCUCAUGGAUGGCUGAGAGAACACUGGAGUGGGGGCUCAGGCGUCCAGAGGGCGCCUCUCCAUCACUCUGCCUUGGUUUCCCCCUCUGUAGAGCGACGGAGGGACCGGCAGUCCGCAGGCUCCCUGCGAGCGCACGCAGGGGACCUGCUUCACAAGCAAAUGCUUUGGUUUGUUCAGAAAACACUAUGAACUUCUUUCCAAAGAUGGGUGGUGGUAAAUACUGGAUAUUUUGAUGAGAAACAGAGUUUCUCUGAAGCUUUAGCUGGAGGUACAGCAAUAGUAUGGUGUUCCUACAAAUACCACAUGUAUUCAAAUAUUUUUCUAUCAGAAAUGAUUUUUGUAAAGCUGUCUGUGUUUUUAUGCAACUUGUGCUAAUAAAUGUUAUCUUUAUUUUAGAAUAAAAA